AAUCAAGCAUAAGCAAAACCGUCUUCUUGUAUCAGCCAAUUACAUCACUUUAAGCGGUACCAUAUUGUCACUAACAAGCACCUCUCUUUAAUCUCCACCUUAAUCCCACUAGUCCAUUAUCACUUAACCCCACAUUAUUGAUCAUCCAUGGCUGAUAUUCAAGACUAUGCAAUACCAUUCCUUAUCUUCCUAGCUUCCAUCCUGCUGGUGCAAAUCAUCUUGGCCAAGAUCCGUCGCAACGCUGGCCUCCCUCCAAGCCCCAGAGCCCUGCCAAUCAUUGGACAUAUGCACCUCCUUAGUCGUGUCCCUCACCAAGCCUUCCACAAGCUAUCAGCCCGCUAUGGACCUUUGGUUUACUUCUUCAUUGGCUCAAAACCUUGUCUUCUUGCUUCUACCCCAGAGGUUGCAAAAGAAAUCCUCAAAAUCAAUGAAGCUAAUUUCUUGAACCGUCCUAAAGUAGCCAACCUUGAUUACCUUACAUAUGGCUCAGCUGAUUUUGCUACCAUAUAUUAUGGACCUCAUUGGAAGUUCAUGAAGAAACUUUGCAUGACUGAAAUUCUAGGGAGUAGAACAUUAACCCAGUUCCUUCCGAUUAGAUGCGAAGAGAGAGAACGGUUCUUGAAGUUAGUGUUAAAGAGAGCUGAGGCUAAAGAAGCUGUUGAUGUUGGGGGAGAGUUGAUGAGAUUGACAAAUAAUAUCAUAUCAAGAAUGUUACUACGAACAAGGUGUUCUGAUACUGAAAAUGAAGCUGAUGAUGUAAGAGAGUUGGUGAAAGAGUUAAAUACUCUAGGUGCCAAGUUUAAUCUUUCAGAUUCAAUUUGGUUCUGCAAGAACUUCGAUUUGCAGGGAUUUGAGAAAAGGCUUAAGGAUGCUCGGGACCGGUAUGAUGCCAUGAUGGAGAGGAUCAUGAGGGAGCAUGAAGAUGCAAGGAAAAGAAAGAAAGAGACAGGUGAUGAAGGUGAUACAGUGAAGGAUUUGCUUGAUAUUUUACUUGACAUAUAUGAAGAUGAGAAUGCAGAGAAGAGAUUAACCAGAGAGAACAUUAAGGCCUUCAUCAUGAACAUAUUUGGUGCUGGGACAGACACAUCUUCCAUUACAGUAGAAUGGGGACUAGCAGAGCUCAUUAACCACCCGAUUAUGAUGGAGAAAGUUAGACAAGAAAUUGACUCUGUUGUGGGAAGGAGCAGGCUAGUAGAGGAAUCAGACAUAGCAAACCUUCCAUACCUCCAGGCUAUCGUAAAAGAAACACUAAGGCUCCACCCUACUGGCCCAUUAAUAGUCAGAGAAUCAUUAGAAGACUGCACCAUUGCUGGCUACAGAAUUCCAGCAAAGACCAGACUGUUUGUUAAUAUCUGGUCACUUGGGAGGGAUCCAAAUCACUGGGAAAAUCCACUUGAAUUUAGGCCAGAGAGAUUUACCAGUGAAGAGUGGAGUGCAAACAGUAACAUGAUGGAUGUGAGAGGGCAACAUUUUCAUCUAUUGCCAUUUGGGUCUGGAAGAAGAAGCUGCCCUGGAGCUUCAUUUGCACUGCAGUUUGUUCCAACAACUCUUGCUGCUUUGAUCCAGUGCUUUGAGUGGAAGGUUGGUGAUGGAGAGAAUGGUACUGUUGACAUGGACGAGGGACCUGGGCUAACCCUUCCUAGGGCUCAUUCCCUGGUUUGCAUUCCAGUCUCCAGGCCCUGUCCAUUUUUAGCAAUCUGAUUGUAGAUUUUCAGACACUAUGAUCUUGUUUCAUGUGAUGUAAAAUGCUGCCCCUGGUGAUGGCAUGGUUGGUUGUGUUCAUGCAUGAAUGUAAGUGUUCUUCUGGUAUAAUUCCACCCCUUUUGCAAUUACAUAAAUAUGAAUCUAAUUUUUUUUCGUAAA